CUACCAUUUUUACCCUGAUACCCCUAAAUAAAAUCCAGUGUGACCAACUGAUUUCUGGAGUCACUAAGUCAGUAUAAAGCGUCCCGCUGUGUGUAAUUUAAUUUCAGUGAGCUGUAAUCCAUCUGUUCUGAGAAGGAUUUAGAGAUUUGUAAGAGAACAUUAGUGACCAAUCAGCAUCAUGAGGACCAAGGAACACACCAAACAGGUAAAGAUAAACAUGUUGUAAAUAGUUGCUAGGUUACAGAAUAAUAUCAUAAAUCCCAGUCAGGGGAACUGAAACAGUAACUUUGGAGGAGCUGCAGAGAUCAGCAGCUCAAGACGGAUAAUUUUUGAAAAGACGGCUUUCAUCAUGCAAUCUUUCCUUCCUGGAGAAAUGUAAAGAAGUAUAAAAAUAUGUAAUUUGCAAGCAGACACAGCAAAUGUGUGGAGGAAAGUUAACGCAUCACAUCGACCUGAACGUGACAUUCACCAUGAAGCAUUAGUAAAGCAUAUUAGUUGAUUUAAAACAGGGACAGCAUGCAAAAAAUAUUAAAAAAAGAUGGAAAGUUAGUUUCUAUCUGUAGUUCCUGACUAUGUGAGUUAAUAAAACAGUUUUAAGCAAUCAUAAAAGUUCAUUGAAAGUUUCAUCUACCGUAUAUACAAUCACUGUACUGUCAUAAAAUUGCCCAACUUCUGCUCUGGAAGAUUUCUAAUAACACUUUCCUGACAUUACAAAGAAAGUCAUUCAGGUCAGGGGACAGUUUAAGACUUCCUGGGACUUUGUUCCAUUCUCUAAUGCCUUUGAAUGAGAAAACUGUCUGCAAAUGUGGAGCUACCUUUGGGUUUUCUGUAGUCAUUACUGUUGGUGGAGCUGGAGCUCCUGGUUGUGAACUCAGAGCAGAACUGGAAAACGUUUUUCAAUGCUGAAGCAGUGGUAUUACUCAUCAUUUUAAAAUAAGCAGCACUUUAGAAGAACGCAUCUUCAUUAAACACAGAAAGCCUAUUCACAAAACCUACUAGAGGCUGUGGUGGAAGUUCACUUCGUAGCAUUUUGACCCUGACCAAGUAUGUGGAAAUAUUACAGGGUAUCUAUACUAGAUUCUCACCAAUUUAGUCAUCUGUUGCCACAUUUUCCUUUUCUGUGUUGUUAAAUCUUGCUACCCUUUUGUUAGUUGUUAGUUACAACCGUUUAUGACAGCAGAGACGUUGGACUCCACCUCCAGCUGUCAGUCAGGAUGCACAUAGUGUUUAACGAGAGGCGGAUGAUGUGAUCCUGAUUUCAUCCUGUAACUCUCCAAAGAGUUAAAGACUAGCAAAGACCUAACUUCACACUGAGGAUUGCUUAUCUACGUAGAUUUCAGGCUUUGCACUGCAAGCCGGCUGAUGACACAGCGUGUAUCUGCCUGAGGAUCUUGCCUCCGGGUUUUAGUCAUCAGGGAUGUAGCUUUAGUUCAGGAUGCAGUUACCUGUCUGAGUUGGCAGGGAAGCUCAGUAGUCGUGACGAGUUGAAAUCCGACGUUCUAAAGUUAGUGACAGUGAAGUGCUUUGAAGCUGCAGGAUUUUAGUUUUCAGUGAGGCGAACAGAAACGAUGGCGGAAAACCUUCGCAGUCGCCAACAUCAUCCGAUGGUGACAAAGACACACUGGAGGAAACCGAGCAUUACCACAGAUUUAUUUGAAAUGAUUGAAAAGAUGCAGGGCAGCAGGAUGGAUGAGCAGAGAUGCGCCUUUCCUCCACCUCUGAAGACUGAAGAGGAUUACAUUCCAUAUCCAAGUGUUCAUGAGGUGUUGGGAAGAAAAAGCCCCUUUCCUCUCAUCCUGCUGCCACAGUUUGGUGGUUACUGGAUUGAGGGAACCAACCAUGAGCUGAGUGAAGCUGGGGACCCGGAGCAGCACCGACCGCCGUCACCCAGCAGCCGCACUAAACUGGAAUGUAACACAACGGCCACACUGUACAGGAAACACUUCCUGGGCAAGGAGCACUUUAAUUACUAUUCACUGGACAGUUCCCUCGGACAUCUGGUGUUCUCCAUAAAAUAUGAUGAGAUUGGUGACCAGGAACAUCUCCGCCUCAUGCUCAGAACCAAGCUGAAAACCUACCAAGAUGUGAUCCCCAUUUCCUGCCUAACAGAGUUUCCCAACGUGGUCCAAAUGGCCAAGCUGGUCUGUGAGGAAGUCAACGUGGACCGCUUUUACCCUGUCCUCUAUCCAAAAGCUUCAAGACUCAUCGUCACAUUUGACGAACAUGUGAUCAGCAACAACUUCAAAUUUGGGGUCAUCUACCAAAGGUUCGGACAGACGUCAGAAGAGGAGCUGUUUGGCAACAGCGAAGAAAGUCCUGCCUUUGUUGAGUUCCUGGAGUUUCUGGGAGAAAAGAUUGAGCUACAUAAUUUUAAAGGUUUCCGCGGAGGGUUAGAUGUGACUCAUGGGCAGACUGGCACCGAAUCCGUCUACUGCAACUACCGCAACAAAGAGGUCAUGUUCCAUGUGUCCACAAAGCUGCCUUACACAGAGGGGGACACGCAGCAGUUGCAGAGAAAAAGGCACAUAGGCAACGACAUCGUGGCCAUCGUAUUCCAAGAGGAGAAUACUCCCUUUGUGCCGGAUAUGAUCGCCUCCAACUUCCUUCACGCUUACGUCGUGGUCCAGGUGGUCAGCCCCUGCUCUGACAACGUUGUCUACAAGGUUUCAGUCACGGCUCGGGAUGAUGUUCCUUUCUUUGGUCCAGCUCUGCCAAACCCGGCCAUGUUUAAAAAAGGCCCUGAAUUUCACGAGUUUCUGUUUACAAAGCUAAUCAAUGCAGAAUAUGCGUGCUACAAAGCUGAAAAGUUUGCAAAGCUUGAGGAGCGAACACGAUCAGCUUUGCUUGAAACGCUUUAUGAGGAACUCCAUGUGAACAGCCAGGCCAUAAUGGGAGUUGGAGGAGAGGACGACAAGCUGGAAAAUGGGAAUGCAGGAGGAGGGGGAUUUUUUGAAUCCUUUAAGCGGGUGAUUCGCGGUAGGAGCCAGUCAAUGGAUGCCAUGAGUCUAACUUUAAAGAAGCCAUAUGCAGUCUCCAAUAACCUGAGCAGCCACAGUCCUGCAGAGAGCCCUAAAUUCCCUGGGAUAUCAUUGCUUGUCCCAGGCAAAAGUCCCAGUAAAUAUGGACGCCGUGGCAGUGCCAUAGGGAUAGGAACAGUAGAAGAGUCUCUGAUUAUCCCGGGAAAAAGCCCAACAAGGAAGAAGUCAGGUCCUUUCAGCUCCAGGCGAAGCAGCGCCAUUGGGAUUGAAAACAUCCAAGAAGUCCAGGAGAGAAGCAGCAGAGACACAUCUCCAAACACUCAGAAGACUCCUGACAGUGGCCAUGUUUCUCAAGACCCAAAAUCCGACAACUCAGACCAGAGCUCUCCUGAGGUCCUCACAACCACCAAGAACAGCUCCUAUCUCUGUGGCAGGACCCCUUCCAUCCCUGAGGGCAACGACCUCUCUCGUUCCUCGUCCAACGCCAGCAGCUUUGCCAGUGUGGUUGAGGAGAACGAAGCCGAGGCAGCAGAGGACUACGACACAGGCAUGGAGAGUCUGUCAUCAGCCGGGACGCCUCACAAGCGCGACUCCCUCACCUACAGCACCUGGUUGGAGGACAGCAUCAGCUGCACCAGCAGCAACAGUCGUGGCAGCUCUCCAGGGCCUGGUAAAUCUGAUCGAGGGAAAGCCGCCGACAUUCGGAUCAAACUAGAACGAUCACAUGACCAUCAGUCAUCAAACUGUUAGCCCUGCCCACCUGAUUAUAUCCUGAAUCUCCAUCUUCAGCAGUCCCAUAUGUCUCACACCUUUUGAGAACCAUGCAUUUGACAUGACGGGUGAAAAGAAGGAGAACGAUGAUGAAGAUGAGAGAGGACUAUCAGCAUUUGGCUGCUCAGGGAGGACAUGCAUCCAGAAACCCAGAGGACACUAGGAAGGGUUACGCACAAAAAGGGGCCAGAUUUUUUUCCUUCCACUCAUUUCUUUGCCUGUUUCCACAUCCGUUGCCUGGUUGUACUUUUUAUUAUUUUUUUAUUUUCCUGGCCUUUGUUGUAGUUGUAGAAGUGCACAUUUGAUCUGCAAGUGUAAAUGUUUUAUCUGUGAAAAUGUCACUUUUGUUUAGUUGUCUUGUUGAAGUCAUGGCGUUCUGGCUGUAAAACGUACAGACUCUUAGCUGUCAUUGUGAGGAAACCUUCAGACGAAAGAUAAAGACAGUUUAAAGGGCAUUUAUCAUCAUGUUUAAAAUUUCACCUUUUAAAAUUAGGCUUUUUGUUUCACAAUGGCAAAAGAUUCCUUUCCAUUUCUGAAGUGGAGCAAUAUGUAAAGAUAUGUGAAAAAAGGAAAAUAAUAACCAAGAAUGCAAGUUGCAAAAGAGUGAUGACAUUAUGUGUUGGACCCUGCACACGACAGACACAAUAACAUGUUUUUUAGACGAUAAAUUGUCCCAGAUAUUAUUGCGAUAAACGAUUAUAUUGUUGUUUUAUAGAUAAUAAAGAAAAUAUUGAUAAC